AUGAGUCGUGAUCCACCGCAAAAGAAACAGAAACUAAACGAUGCCAAUAAUGAAGGAUCUCCUGAUUUCACGUUGGAAGAAGGGUUUCUCGAAGACAUAGAUGUUGGAUCCAUUGGAGAUGUCAAUGAUCUUUCGGUCAUUAACGAUAAUGACGAUGAGAGUAUUGCAUUUUCUCCUUUGUUUCCGGAGACUGAUUGCGAGGACCUAUUGUCUUCCCAGCAUGGGCGUCCUUUGGCAUUUCCGCUCGACGCAAAUCUUGCAAACCGCGUGUGGGAACUCAUGCUUGGAGCCUACCGCGAUCAUUUGCUGGGUAUCCAACUCCUCGAUAGUCCAAAUGUGAAAGAGAUUCGAGGACUUCUUACACCGGAGUACGGUGACCAUUUAGUUGCAGUGAUUCCGCAGUUAAUUGCUUCGACAGAGAGCCGCAAUCCUAGGGCCCGGGUGAUUAUUCCGAACUAUCAACCACCCGGCGCUAGGAUUUCUCAUUCCAAUCAAAGAACUGCAGUCUCGCCGCAAGUAAGUGGUUACCCCUCCGGUAAGAAGGGCAAAUCACGCGGUCGUUACAAGUGUGGGAGGUGUGGUGCUCCCAAGGCAGGGCAUGUCUGUCUUUUUCGUCCAGUGUAUGUCAUUGAUGCUGCUGCAAAAGAUAGUGAUGAAGAGGAGGUAAGAUCAGAACUUGGAAGUGUCGAGGAGAACAACGAGAUGGCAAAGAUGAAAGGAAACCUGGAGCAAAAGACAUGUGACAAAACCGCAGAAUAA